CGACACGUGAGGUGCGGAUAGGACCAUGGCUCAGAACCUGAAGGAUUUUGCUGGCCGUCUCCCUGCCGGUCCCCGUGGGAUGGGGACAGCUUUAAAGCUGAUGCUUGGAGCUGGUGCUGUGGCAUUUGCUGUGAAGGAGUCUGUAUUUACAGUGGAAGGAGGACAGAGAGCAAUUUUCUUCAACAGAAUUGGUGGCGUUCAGAAGGACACGAUUCUGUCAGAGGGGCUUCAUUUCAGGAUUCCUUGGUUUCAGUACCCAAUAAUUUAUGAUAUCCGCGCAAAACCACGAAAAAUCUCAUCCCCCACAGGAUCUAAAGACCUGCAGAUGGUGAACAUUACCCUUCGCGUGCUGUCUCGCCCAUUGGCAUCUGAGCUUCCUUUGUUGUAUCAGAGACUUGGUCUGGAUUAUGAAGAGCGAGUUCUGCCAUCUAUCGUAAAUGAAGUGCUUAAGAGCGUGGUGGCGAAAUUCAAUGCGUCCCAGCUAAUAACCCAGCGAGCACAAGUGUCUUUGUUGAUUCGCCGGGAGUUAACGGAGCGAGCAAAGGACUUCAAUCUUAUUCUGGACGACGUUGCGAUCACUGAGCUAAGCUUCAGCAGAGAGUAUACUGCGGCUGUUGAGUCUAAACAAGUAGCCCAGCAAGAGGCUCAGCGAGCUCAGUUCUUAGUAGAAAAAGCAAAGCAAGAGCAGCGGCAGAAGAUCGUACAGGCAGAGGGAGAGGCCACAGCCGCAAAGAUGAUAUCCUUUUAUUGCUCCUGUCACCCCUGA